UUUCCCAAAUGGAUCCAAGAUUGAUCUCAGCCGCUCAAAUAGGAAGCAUAGAUGACUUGUACGCUCUAAUCCAUGAGGAUCCCUACAUUCUUGAAACCAUCGAUGUCGUACCUUUCAUAAGCACUCCUCUUCAUGUAGCUUCUGCUUUUGGAAAUCUUACUUUUGCCAUGGAGAUGAUGUAUCUUAAGCCAUCAUUUGCUAGGAAACUUAACACAUAUGGGUUAAGCCCAUUGCAUCUUGCUAUAGAGGAAGGUCAAACACGGUUAACUAUGGGGUUACUCAAACUCGAUCCCGAUCUAGUUCGUCUUCGAGGAAAAGAAGGUACGACCCCGUUUCAUAUGCUUGUAAGAAGAGGAGAACUUGAUCUUAUGACGGAGUUCCUUUUGGCUUGUCCUCGUUGUGUUAAAGAUGUGAACGUAAACGGCGAGACGCCUCUACACAUUGCGGUUAUGAACGAUAGAUAUGAAGAACUCGAAGUACUCGUGGGAUGGGUGCAGAGAUUGCGUCAAAUAGAUGCCGAAUUGCUAGAGAUGCAAGUAUUGAACCGAUGUGAUCAGAAUGGUAACACAGCCUUGCAUAUAGCAGCAUAUCAAGAUAAAAUCAAGGCAAUAAAGAUUCUGCUAGGUUCUCGAGCGGUUAACCGAAACAUCUAUAACCGGAAUGGCUUAACCGCUCUAGAUAUUUUGCAAAAUCAGAGAUAUAGGAAUCGAGAAAUCGAAGAAACCAUUCGAAAAUCAGGAGGUGACAUCGCAAACUCUCUACCAAAGUCGAAGAAAUUAUCAGAAAUAUUGAGAUCACCUAUACCUUUCAAAGAGUAUUUGUUCACAAAAGCAGCCCGGUAUAGGAAACACAUAUCAGAUGGAUCACGUAGCGCGCUUUUAGUGAUAGUUGCACUAAUAAUCACGACUACUUAUCAGACAGCUCUUCAACCACCUGGAGGUGUGUACCAAAGCAAUGCUGAGGAAAGUAGUGGUAGGAAGAGUGUUGGUAAGGUUGUGAUGAACCAAACUUAUUUCAAUGUUCUAAGGAGCGUGAAUAGCAUGGCUUUUGAAGGAGCGGGUCUCAUGGCGUUUACCUUUUUACCAGCUGGAGAAGAAUAUGUCUGGUCUUUUCUAUGGAUAAUGGUGCCUCUCCAUGUCUCUUACUUAGUCUCAAUGUCUGUUAUAUCCCCAGAUACGAUAGGGUACUUAUCGUUCAGUAUUGGUUGGGUUAUAUUUGUUGUUAUUGUUUACAUGAUUGUGCUUUUCCUGCGGUGGAAACGGUCUAAGAAGAAGAUACCUGAACCAAGAAGCGAGUUGAUUCUUGAAGGCUUGACAACUUUGAAUCAGGCAAAAGGAGUGUAGUGAUGUGAGUUUGUGUGUUUGGUAAUAAUAAGACGUUAAGUAGUGUUGAUUGUGUGCUAGAUUGUUCAAUGUAAAAUAUGAAUAAUAUCUCUUUGUUAGGACAAACAUGAACUUCCUAUUUUCAA